CAUACGUAAGGGUAUUUGCGUAAUUUCAUUCAUUGUUAACUAUUUUCCUCCUUUUUUUUCUUUCUUCAUAUAUGUAGAUGUUGUGUCUAUAUUGUAGAGUGUUACAACAAACAAACAAACAAACAAACAAACAAACAAACAAACAAACGAACCGUAAAGCUUCAUAAGGCUUCCGCCACCCAUUCUAUGUGGGCAACCAUGGGGUGUAUGACAUAAAGUGUGUAACUGAACAUGGAGUUUACAGGUGGACAUUGAAGGCGGCACUAGCCUCAUCGUUGUAUUGUGUGUGCCCUGACCUAUUUGUCUCCAGUGAUAACGCAACUCACCACAGAUACAAUUUAAUUAGCAGUAUGCAGCGGUCGGUUCAAAUGUCGGACUUUUCUAAGCAGCACCGACGCUAAAAGCGGUAGAGGAACAGAUUUCUAGCUGCUCUGCUACAUCAAGAGGCGCACCAAAUGCUAACUUACCUAGCUACACUGUUAGCAUCUUAGCAGCUGUUCCGUCCACUUGAAGGCAUAAUUGAAUCCUACUAUACAGUCUAUUGACUAUAUGCAGUCUAUGGUACCUCGGAGAUAAUCAAAAUGACCUCAGCUUCCACUAAAGUUGGGGAAAUCUUCUCUGCAGCUGGAGCUGCCUUCACCAAACUAGGAGAGCUCACAAUGCAGCUUCACCCAGUGGCAGACUCCAGUCCUGCAGGUUCCCAUCCCCCCUCCAGUGGUCAGACAAAGAGCACUGUGAAGAGGAAGCUGUAUGAAGAUGGAGCUCUCCCUGCCAUCUCUGACGGGCCUAAGAAGGGCACCAAGAAAACCCUUGCUGCUGUUUCCAUGGCAACGCAGGGCACUCCGACCAUCAUUUCCAUGCCCACUGCUCGGGUUGUCGUAACGUCAGGACUGCAGGGUUCCCCCUCCAGACAGACCACUCUGAAGAAACAGAAGACUGCAGACGUGACCCUCAGUGCUCUUAACGACUCAGAUGUCAACAGUGAUCUUGUGGACAUCGAGGGACUGGGUGAAGGAUCCAACUCCAAAAAGCUCAACAACUUUGAUCAAGAUAACCUGAACCUGGACUCGAGCCUCAUCAUGAACCCCAGUGACCUCCCUCUGCUCUCCCGCUGACCUGUCACUUCCUGUGGACUUGAAGUAAUGGACAAAACUAUGGAAAAAAAAAAGACCCAAGUUGUAAUAAACUGGACUUAUCCUUUGAGCCAGAAGAUGCUAUCCACCCACAUUGGAGUAAAUACAGUCAAGAGUAUUAAAUAUUUUUGUUGUGUCAUGCGGGUUACCAAUUUCGAUCAGCUAAAAUAUUUUUUACUGCAAUCAUUUUUAUUCUACUCCUUUCCUCGUUGACUUUUAAAACCUCAGCUGCAUCAACUAGAUGAAAUUCAGGCCAUGGAUUAGAGCGCAGAAGUUGUCGUAACAAUGUAAACCCUAACUUCUUAAUACAUUUAGCUAAUUAUUGUAUUAGCAGGUGAACACAAGGCUCAGUUUAGUUGAAAGGUAUUGGAGUAGCCUUUAGAGUAUUUAGAAACACAAAGACAUUUUGGACUCAUGUCUGAGUGAUUUGGUUUCAGUAUAAUUUGUCUACAUUUCUUUCCUGCCUCUUAACUUGACAGAAGUGUUACAAGAACACAGAGGGUCAGAUCAUACACUCUUUUCCUUCCAGUUAAGGUGAAGCUAAGUAAUAACUAACAAGAGUAGUUGCUAAUCGUUUUAAGAGCUUAAACAUAAUUAUCCCCUUGAAGUACAGUAUACAUUUUUACAACACAUGUGAUUUGUCACUAAGUAUGAAGCCAGACAUUCUGAGGUUUAUAUUUUAAUAAAUGAAAGAAAAAGAAAUACUCACUUUUCACACAAAAAUAAAUGCUAAAAGGUCUUAAAAUGUUAACAUUACUACUGCUGCUGUUUUCUGUAUUUAAGGAAUAACCAUGUAACCACCCAUUAACUAUAAUGUUCAUAAAUACUUUUUUGAAAUACUCACAGGUUUCAUAUCAUGAUAUCAAUCCUUUUCUUUCUGAAAGUGAAGUCAAAUUUAUGGUAGCGCCAGUUCUUAUCCUACUAUAUUUCCAUAGCAAUAAUACCAAUAAACAUGUAUUUAUACAAGA